UUUACGACGGACGUCCAGGAUCUCGGGUUGGUCUGAGCUCGCGGGUGCUCCGACCUCAGGUCGAGUCCUUGGCCUCCAUUUCUCUCCUCUCUACAACCCGCUCUCCUCGAAUGGCGACAUGGCCACCGCCCCGAUAAUCCCCGCUCCUCCGCAAGACAUCGAAGAGAUUCAGCUCCUCGACAACUCCCUCGUCUUUCCCGCCUUCACCGCCCAGACAGCAUGGGCUCUCGGAUGUCUGCUUCGCACCAAGCUGCAGGCGCUGGAUAAACCUGCCAUUGUCGACAUUUCCCUCGUCCACGGCAAUCACUGUCUCUUUCAUUGUGCGACUCAGUCUGGCACGAGUCCCGAUAAUGAUUCGUGGGUGGAGAGGAAGCGGAAUACCGUGUUGCGAUGGGGAACUUCAACGUGGUACAUGUCGCGGAAGUUUAUGGGCGAUUACAAGACGUUUGCAGAGAAGACUGGGCUGGGGAUUGACGCUGCAAGAUAUGCUAUACACGGCGGAGGAUGGCCGGUCCGAGUCCGCGGCGUGGAAGGCGUUGUCGCAGUUGUCGUGGUUUCCGGUUUGAAGCAGGAUCAAGAUCACGCUAUCAUUGUGCAGACUGUCGGCGAGAUGCUGGAAGAGUUGAGUGAGGAUACUGGGGAGAAGAGGAAGGAAGAUUGAGGGGAAGGACAUCCUCGACUCGACUCUGAAGGCUUGAAGAACGUGCGUGUGGAGGAUGGUAUGGCAGAAGCCAAGGAUGUAAUCAGCGCAUCAGUGGCAUUAAUG